AUGAGCUCUCAUGUCCCGCAGCAGCUGCAGAGGAAGCGCACGGGAGCCCGAGAAGGAGGCGCAGCAGCCCGGGAUGGACCAGAGCUGAGGAGGAAGCGCAGGAGGAGGGGAGGCGGGAGCGCCAACAAGUGGGGGUCACCCUGCGCGGUCAACAGGCCCAUCGACAUCAUUCAGAAACGCCGGCGAGCGUUGUGCGUCUGUAUUGAUUACACUUUAAUGACAGAGCUGGAGGACGUGAACAGAUGGGGCGUCGACAUCUUCAAAGUAUCCGAGUACUCCGGGUCCCGCCCACUCACGGUCACCAUGUACACGAUCUUCCAGGAGCGAGACCUGCUGAAGAACUUUAAGAUCCCGGCCGACACCUUCAUCACCUUCAUGAUGACGUUAGAGGAGCACUAUCACGCAGACGUGGCCUACCACAACAACAUCCACGCAGCAGACGUGGUUCAGUCCACUCAUGUGCUCCUGUCUACGCCCGCUCUGGAGGCUGUGUUCACGGACCUGGAGAUCCUCGCCGCUCUGUUCGCCAGCGCCAUUCACGACGUGGACCAUCCUGGAGUCUCCAACCAGUUCCUCAUCAACACCAACUCGGAGCUGGCGCUGAUGUACAACGACUCCUCGGUCCUGGAGAACCACCAUUUGGCCGUGGGCUUCAAACUGCUGCAGGAGGAAAACUGCGACAUCUUCCAGAACCUCAGCAAGAAGCAGCGACAGUCUCUGCGCAAAAUGGUCAUCGACAUGGUCCUGGCCACAGAUAUGUCCAAACAUAUGAACCUUUUGGCUGAUCUCAAGACGAUGGUGGAGACCAAGAAAGUGACCAGUCUGUGCUCCUCUGCCCCUCCUCUGCUCUUCCGCUGCCCCUCCUCUGCUCCUCCUCUGCUCUUCCGCUGCUCCUCCUCUGCUCUUCCUCUGUUCUUCCUCUGCCCCUCCUCUGCCCCUUCUCUGCCCCUCCUCUGCCCCUCCUCUGCUCUUCCUUUGCUCCUCCUCUGCUCCACCUCUGCUCCUCCUCUGCUCUUCCGCUGCUCCACCUCUGCUCCUCCUCUGCUCUUCCGCUGCUCCACCUCUGCUCCUCCUUCGCUCCUCCUCUGCUCCACCUCUGCUCCUCCUCUGCUCUUCCGCUGCUCCACCUCUGCCCCUCCUUUGCUCUUCCUCUGCCCCUCCUGCUCCACCUCUGCUCCUCCUCUGCUCUUCUGCUGCUCCUCCUCUGCUCUUCCUCUGCUCUUCCUCUGCUCCUCCUCUGCCCAUCCUCUGCUCUUCCGCUGCUCCACCUCUGCUCCUCCUCUGCUCUUCCGCUGCUCCACCUCUGCUCCUCCUCUGCUCUACCGCUGCUCCACCUCUGCUCCUCCUCUGCUCUUCCGCUGCUCCACCUCUGCUCCUCCUCUGCUCUUCCGCUGCUCCACCUCUGCCCCUCCUUUGCUCUUCCUCAGCCCCUCCUGCUCCACCUCUGCUCCUCCUCUGCUCUUCUGCUGCUCCUCCUCGCUCAUCCUCUGCUCUUCCUCUGCUCCUCCUCUGCCCUUCCUCUGCUCUUCCGCUGCUCCACCUCUGCCCCUCCUUUGCUCUUCCUCAGCCCCUCCUGCUCCACCUCUGCUCCUCCUCUGCUCUUCUGCUGCUCCUCCUCGCUCAUCCUCUGCUCUUCCUCUGCUCCUCCUCUGCCCUUCCUCUGCUCUUCCGCUGCUCCACCUCUGCCCCUCCUUUGCUCUUCCUCUGCCCCUCCUGCUCCACCUCUGCUCCUCCUCUGCUCUUCUGCUGCUCUUCCUCUGCUCCUCCUCUGCCCUUCCUCUGCUCUUCUGCUGCUCCUCCUCUGCUCUUCCUCUGGUCCUCCUCUGGUCCUCCUCUGCUCUUCCUCUGCUCCUCCUCUGCCCUUCCUCUGCUCUUCUGCUGCUCCUCCUCUGCUCUUCCUCUGCUCCACCUCUUCCCUUCCUCUGCUCUUAUGCUGCUCCUCCUCUGCUCUUCCUCUGCUCCUCCUCCUCUGCUCUUCUGCUGCUCCUCCUCAGCUCUUCCUCUGCCCCUCCUCUGCCCCUCCUCUGCUCCUCCUCUGCUCCUCCUCUGCUCUUCCUCUGCUCUUCCGCUGCAAGACACUUAACCCCACUUUGCCUGAAGCCCCCGCUGAAAGAUCAGGGCUCCUAUCACCUCAGUAAUCCUACCAAACCCCUGGAGCUGUACCGACAGUGGACCGACCGCAUCAUGGUGGAGUUCUUCACUCAGGGAGACCGUGAGCGGGACAAGGGGAUGGAGGUCAGCCCCAUGUGUGACAAACACAACGCCUCCAUCGAGAAGAACCAGGUGGGCUUCAUCGACUACAUCGUGCACCCGCUGUGGGAGACGUGGGCAGACCUAGUGCACCCGGACGCUCAGGAGAUCCUGGACACUCUGGAGGACAACAGGGAGUGGUACCAGAGCAUGAUCCCCCACAGUCCCUCCCCCCAGCCGGACUGCCCCGCCCAGGGCACCUCCCCAGAGCCUCACCCCUCCUCCCUCUCCUCGGCGCCCGGCUGCUCCGCGGACAAGUUCCAGUUUGAGCUGACGCUGGAGGAGGAGGAGGGCGAGUCGGACACCGAGGCCGAGGAGGCGGAGAGCGGACGGACGUUUGGUUUGGACGAGACGGAGAAAGAAGGCGUCUCGGGGUUGUUUAAAAUAGGAACAUAG